AUGGCGUCAACCCCGUCGCCGAUUGAGUCGCUACCAAACGAGCUGCUCGACGAAAUCGCCUACCUUCUCUCCUCCGAUCCCCCUUCCUCGAAUGGGCUACACCAGCCUCCGACCACACAUAUAACAAGGUCGAAAACCCGGGAUUUAAAACACGUCUCGCUUACGUGCCCUCGCCUCUAUAAUAUUGUUCGCCCUCGACUUUUCUCCCAUUGCUGCUUCGAACUAAAAGACGCAAAUGAAUAUCUUUCAUUCAUAUCCGAGUCGAAAUUGGACCGCUAUGUCACAUCAGCUGUGGUAAAAGCAAGCGAUGCUUUGGAGGAUUGCGAGAUUUUUGGUGCGCCCUGGUGGCGACGCUUUCUGUCCUCCCUUGUUCCACGACGCCUCACAGUAAUCGCGCCACCCUCGGUCAUUGGGCGGAUGUUCGAAAUGCAAAUACCACAAGAGCAUGGCUGGGCUUUCGAAAUACCUCUUCAGGUUGUACAACUAGAAUGCGACUGGGGAAACUGCAAACCUAAUCUAGUUUCGGACGAAGACUGUGGCCUUCUGGACUGUCUCCCGUGGUCGUCCAUGCAAUUCAAUGAAUCGUCAUCCCUCAAAGCAUACAACCAUUAUGAGUAUUUCCUGUACCAGAUUCCCUCCAUAUUCCAUCGUUGGAGCCCAUGGGCGUCCACGCAUUCCUUAUCCGAGCGGCCGCACCUAUCAUCCUCGCUAGCAAACCUGACAUCGUUUACAUACGUGGCAGUCUUCCCCUUCUACAAUCACGUCCAACUGGUGUUGGAUGCUGUGGAAUUCAUGACAAACCUCCGGUCUUUGAAGAUACAACUUGGCCCGUCGUACAACGAUAGAGCGACCGAAAUCGAGCAACGAGGCUCCAUGGACCCGAGCGAUCCCUGGAUGGAACUUGCCACAGGAUACUCAUUGAUCGCCCAUGCUGUUAGGAGCCUAGGAAGAAAGAGCUAUCUCUCAAAGUUCAUCGCGUGUGAUUACGAAAUGGAGCCGGUUCGGGCCGAGAUCGAUGUGAUACUGGGGGAUAUUUUGUGUGACGGUCCAUGGACGCACGAUGGCCAUGGCACCUGGACAAAAAGGCCGAUUGAUAUGGCCAAUGCGGACGGAGAUUCAACCGCCGUUGUAGAUAAUAGUGCUGCAUACGGCCAUUUCACCUCGUAA